AUUCAUCCAAUAAAUGUUCAACGGAUAAUAACGAUAAUAAAAUGAACGGGGUUAAAUCAUAUGGUUCGAACCACAUGAAUGGUGUUUGUAUUGGUGAAUCGACUAAAUGUAAAAUAUGUUCAAAACAUGUAUAUCAUAUGGAACAGAUAAAAGCAGUAAAAUCAAUAUUUCAUAAAUCAUGUUUUCGUUGCGUUGAAUGUAAUAAACAAUUGAAUAUGGAUUCAUAUUCAUCACAUGAAGGCCAAAUAUAUUGUAAACCACAUUUUAAACAAUUAUUUCAACCAAAACCAAAUUUCGAUAAUAAUAAUAUAAUCAGUAAUGGUAAUUGCAGUAAUGGUAUUGUUGAUAUUGAUAUUAUUGAACAACAACAACAACAACAUUCAUCACGUACAUCAACAUUAAAAUCAAAUGAUUCUUAUAAUUCAAAACAACAAGACGUAUUUGAAAAUCUUACGCUUGAUUUAAGCAAUAUUCGUAAUCGUUUUGAAACAGGAUCAGUAUCGAAAAAUAAUAAUAAUAAUCAUAAUCAUAUAAAUAAUCAUUAUAACGAUAAUAAACAGCCAAUAACUCGUUCGGAAAGUAUACAUAAAAUCAUGAAAAAAUAUCAAAGCCGUGUUGCUGGUGAUAAUUAUGUUAACUCAUCAUCGGAUGAAGAAGAUAAUCAACAACAACAACAACAAAAUAAUGAUAAUGAUCAUUCUAAUAAUGAAACAAUGAAUAAUAAUAAUGAUAAUGAUAAUUUAAAAGAAAAAAUGUCAUUCACUGGUAUGUCAUCAUUAAAAUCACAAUGGGAAACCGGUUCAAUUACAAAUCGACAUGAUGAUAAUCAUCAAAAUGUUGAAAAUGAAUUGGCUGAAUUACGUCGUCAAAAGGGUAAAAAUUCUGAACCAUUAACAAAAAUAUAUGAACGUGCUAUACAGGAAGCAAAAAGUCAAGAAAAUCUAUCCGCACAACAAAAAUCUGAACAAUUAUUAGAAAUGGAUGUUGGCUGUUGUUCAGUACGUGCUGGUUCGAUAAAAGAAAAAUUUGAAAAAGGUGCCGUUGAUUCAACCGAAACUGAAGAAGAUCGUAUUGAACGUUUACGUAAAGAACGUGAAGCUGAAAUCAUACAAAUUGCCAAUAAUGAUCGUGCAUUAAAAGAAGCUCGUAAUAAAUUUAAACAAAUUGAAUUAGGACAAUCAAUGGAUAAUAUCAGUAAUAAUAAUAAUACUAAUGGUCAUAUUGAAUCGAUUGAUUCAAAACAAUUGCAACAACGUUUUAAUUAUUUUGAAAAUCGUAAUGAUUCAUCAAUUAGUAAUGGUGAUCAUGUUGAUGGUGAUGGUGAAAAACAAUCAUCAUCACAACAACAACAACAACAUUCAUCAGUAAAAAUUGUUGAUGAUAUACCAAAAGUAGAUACAACCAAAAAAAUGUUAAGUAAAUUCAAAGCACUUGAAGCUGGACAAUCAGUCAAUAAUAAUGGUGAUCAAUCAACAACAUUUUCCGCUACUAAUGGUUCACCAAAAUCGCCUAAACGUAUUACACCACCACGUGAAACGCUUAAAGUUUAUGAAAAUGAACCAUUAGUUGAACGUGAUCCAAAUAUUGUUAAAUCUAGCUACAAAACCGAAGAUGUGAUUCAAGUUGAACCGGAAAAAGCAAAACAUUUACGUGCUAAAUUUGAAAAUUGGCAAACAGAAAUCGAAAGAGAAAAUCGUAAACAAGAUGAUGAAAAUGAUUUUGUACCAUUGGAACGUGAUACGACAAAAAAUUUACGAGCAAUGUUUGAAUCAAUUCAAAAUGAAACAAAUAAACCAGUGGAUAAACCACGACCACGUGUUAAUCGUUUUGUGCAAGAAAAAACAUAUCAACAGCAAAAUGAUUCCUGUUAUGUUUGUUCAACACGUAUCUAUCCAAUGGAAAAGAUGGAAUUUUCUGGUAUAAAAUUGCAUAAAAAUUGUUUCCGUUGUGCCAAGUGUCAUAUGCCAAUGAGAUUGGACAAUUUUACUCAACAUGCCGAUAAAUUAUUCUGUAUUCCACAUUUUAAACAAUUAUUUAUGGAAAAAGGAAACUAUGAUGAAGGAUUUGGUCUUGAACAACAUAAAGAUAAAUGGUCAAACAAAACAAAUGGUAAAUCUUCAUCGAUAGCUACUGUUGCUACUAAUGGUAAAUCAUCUAAUGGUCAUCAUCAUAUUGAUCAUGAUAAUGAAGAUCAAUUGGAUGGUGGUUUGAAUGGUAGCCAUAAUAAUAAUAUAAAAACCAAUGGUCAUAAUGGUAAUAAUAAUAAUUUAAUCGAUAUCGAUAGUGAUGAACAAUUGGAUUCAUCAAUCGAAUAUCAUCAUCAACAACAACAAGAUCAAUUGAUUGAAGAUUAUUGAUUGAUACAAAAGAAAAUCGAAUCUUCAGCAAACAGUAUUGGCGAAAAAAAUUAUCAACAUAAGAUGUUUGGAUUUUUUUUUCGCUCCUGAAGACUUCCAUUUUUUUUCUUCAAAUCAACUUAACCAAAGUUAUUUUGGAUAUUGACACUUUUUUUUUUGUUUAAGCCAAUUUUUUUUGCUUAUAAUAAUCGUUUGAUUUAAAAAAAAACACAAUUUUCUUCCAUUUCGUGCUUUGUCCCCCCUCUAUUUUUUUUCUCUCUCUCGUUACAUAUUCAAAUAUACGGAUUUCUGACAAUUAAAUAGCUUUUUUUUUUCUUUUGUUUCAAUUAUUUUGUUCUGUAAAUAUCUUCGAGACAAAGAUUGGUCAUUGGUCAUCAUCAUUAUCAACUUUACGGGAAGAAGAAGAAAAAACCAACAACAAAUGACCAAAUCUUGCC